AGCAGAAAGCACGAGACGAAACGUUAUUUUUACAAAUGAUACAGAUAAGUAGACUAAACCGUUGGAGAAUCGCUUUCUUAAUUAGUUCGUUUUUAUUGCUGCAUAAAUCGAACGUCCAUUCGAUGUGAUAACCAGACAACGUUAUUAAACGGUUAUUAGAACAUACAACAGAAAUUGGGAGAAAAUGGCAGAAUUCACAGGUACCCGAGCACAAUUUGUGGAAAAUAGAGACCAAAGAAACCUUGCAACGCAAAGGCAUCUUAUUUGUUGUUCCAAACGAUUUUGGAUAUUGAUUCUAAUGUUUUUGCGGUGCUUUUUUGGCGUAUUAAUGGAAUACAGCAUAAACAUCGUUUUUAUUCAACUUAGUGGUAAAAAAAAAGGUGUCAAUAAACUUCAACUCCCAAGUUACAGGACAGUUGCAUUCUCCUAUUAUUUUGGUUUCCUAUUCAGCCCCAUUGGUGGAUACCUAGCGACGAAAUUUGGCGGCUCUGUUACCUACGGAGUCACGACAAUGCUCGUGUCUAUACUAACAGCUCUGAAUGCAGUCAGUUUGCGAUGGAAUGUUUACGCAUUCUCGGCAUGUAGGAUUGCUGCAGGUUUAUUUGACGGUUUCGCUUAUGCCAGCAUUGCGGAAAUAUUCACACGUUGGGUGCCGGCCACAGAAAGAUCUACAUUUUUGGCGAUCAUUCUUACAGGAGUUUACUUUGGAAACGCAAUUACUUAUAACAUAGAAAAAUAUAUUGCAAAUUCUUGGGGAUGGCGAAUGAAUUUCUACGCGACGGGAGGGAUUACUUUUGUUUGGUCUGUUAUUUGGCUGAUCAUUGCGAGAAACGAGCCAUCCCAGGAUAAAAUGAUCUCUCGGAGGGAACUUCAGUACAUCCAGAGUCAGACUGACACAACUCCUAGACACAAGGUCGUUCAUCCAAUCCUGAAAAUUUUUACAUCACCACCCGUUUGGGCAAUCUUUAUAGGGAGGUUAGUUUCUAGCUGGGGAUAUGAUCUCAUCUUGAACGGUCUUUCUUUGUACUACAGAGACACUGCUAGACGCAGUAUUGUACAAUUGCCAUAUGAUCCCGCCAUUCCUAACUUGGUAUCCAUUUGCAUAACACCCAUACUGGGCGUCAUCAUGGACUUUGUGCCAAGUUACUUCACCAAGCUGGAAACGUCUCAAAUUCAUAAAAUCGCGAUAAUCUUUGGGUUUUCAACUUCUUGCAUUCUGUUCGUUGUAGCUACUUUCAGCAGUAUCAAGGUGUCGGUUCCAUGCCUCUUAGUCAUCAAACUGUUUCUAUCAUUUGAUAUAUUAGUGUUGCAGUUGGCCUGCCUUUAUUUGGCACCUAAGCACUCGAGUAUUUUGUUGGGUUUCUCAGCUAUAUGGCCCAUUGGCAGUAAAGUUGGCGUGCCUUUUUUUAUACAAUUUAUUGUCAAACAUUAUCUUCUUCAAGAAUGGCAGAUAUGUUUCGGCGUGUCAUCGGGUGCUCUGUUAUUUGGAACAUUCGUGUAUUGGAAAUAUGGUUCCAGUCAACUCCAGACUUGGGCUAAAUCACACCCUAAUCCCACAUACUAAAAAACAGCGGUGGAAAUAAUCUCACGCGAAUAUGCAUGUAUUGAUAUAAUGAUGCUCAGAUAUGUACAAUCAGAAUAAAAUUGUUCAAUUUCAUAAUAAAUAAAUUAUUUUACA